AUGGCCACACCCAACGUCUUUGAUCUAUACAAUGUUGAGGAGGAAGAAGAAGUUCCUCAGCUCCGAAGGAAGUCGUCACGGAGACAAACUGGCGAAACAAGCCAGAGACCGGCCAAGAAAGGUCGAACAGAGGACCCUCCCAGGGACGUGCCAGCUGGGCAAACUACUAUUCAUCCGCCGACUCCUGCCGAGAAAGAGACUCCUCCCGCUCCAAAGAUCCCUCCUCCGGCUCCAAAGAACCCUCCUCCGGCUGCACCCAGCAAGGAACAAGAUAGGCGGGAAGAGACCCUUGGGGCCAAACUCUCGAGCCGUGCCGUACGAGUAGCAAAAGACCGCAUCGCGUACAUCGGGAAAAAUGACCGCGUCAAGGAUGCAAUGACAGUGAUAGAACAAAAAGUGGUUGAGCUCUCCAACUUGGUACAAAGGUCAUCUAGCGUACAGGAGUACGUGCGCAAGUUUGACCAACUCUCAAGAUUUACUCUAAAUCUGUUAAACACUGAAGCUAACCGGGUACGCAAAUUCAUGAAAGGGUUCAAAAGAGAGAUAGCUCAAUUCGUGGAUACCGAGAAGACCAGCCUGGAUACUUAUGAUGAAGUCAUAGAGAAAGCAAUCUGCCAAGAAUCAUGGUUAGUACAAGAGAAGAAGGAGCCCUACAAAGCUGAAGAACAAGCAUAUAUUUCAAAUGACCGAGGAAGAUACUCUAAUAACCAGAGGGGACCUUCUGGGAGGUUGGCAUCCAGAGGCAAUAGAAGUAUAGGGAAUGCCAAUACUCAAGGAAGCUCUAGGUUUUCCAAUGGUGGGAAUAACAAAUGA